AUGUGUCCAGCACCAGCUGUGAUGUGUCCAGCACCAGCUUUGUCAAGUCUAGCACCAGCUGUGAUGUGUCCAGCACCAGCUGUGUCAAGUCCAGCAGCUGCUUUGUCGAGUCCAGCAUCAGCUGUGAUGUGUCCAGCACCAGCUGUGACCAGCCCAGCACCAACUGUGACCAGCCCAACACCAGCUGUGACCAGACGCAGCACCAGCUGUGACCAGACCAGCACCAGCUGUGACGAGUCCAGCACCAGAUGUGACGAGUCCAGCGCCAGCUGUGACCAGCCCAGCACCAACUGUGACCAGCCCAGCACCAGCUGUGAUCAGACCAGCACUAGCUGUGACGAGUCCAGCAGCAGCUGUGACGAGUCUAGCAGCAGCUGUGACGAGUCCAGCACCAGCUGUGACCAGUCCAGCACCAGCUGUGACGAGUCCAGCACCAGCUGUGACGAGUCCAGCACCAGCUAUGACGAGUCCAGCACCAGCUGUGGCGAGUCCAGCACCAGCUGUGACCAGCCCAGCACCAGCUGUGAUCUGUCCAGCACCAGCCGUGAUCAGUCUAGCACCAGCUGUGACCAGCCCAGCACCAACCGUGACCAGCCCAGCACCAGCCGUGACCAGUCCAGCACCAGCCGUGACCAGACCAGCACCAGCCGUGACCAGUCCAGCACCAGCUGUGACCAGCCCAGCACCAGCCGUGACCAGUCCAGCACCAGCUGUAACCAGCCCAGCACCGACUAUGACUCGCCGACAAAGCGAGUCAGACUGGUAGCUCAGCAGGAAAAGUCUACUCCCUCAGAGGAGGUAGAUCAAGUGAAGACUAAGGGCGCAGUAGGGCGGGCUCUCUCCAAGGCUAAGAGAGUGUUAAAGACUGUGAACAAACUUUACAGAGAAGAGAAAAAAGCCCAGGCUAAGGAAGCACGGAGACUGGAAAUAGAGGAGGAAAAAGCCAAGGAAGCACGCAGACUGGAAAAAGAAAAGGAAAAAGCCCAGAUGAAGGAGGAGCGGAGGUUGAAGAAAAUAUAG